GCAUCUAUGUGCCCAAAUUUUGAAGCUUUGCCAAGACAGCAGACAGUUGUUAAAUAGCUUCCAUUAUGAAAGUACUAGUGAAUUAUUUGGCGCACUUGAUCUUCCUCAUCUUCACGUUAGUGAUAACAGUGCAAACAAAAAUGAUAUUAAAAGCUGAGGGUGAGCCAUGCGAAUGUAAGUAUGAGAACUGCACUUGUAAAACAUUCAGUAAUUGCGAGGUGCUGAGCCAAGAGGAUGAUGUAUUACAUUGUGAUAGAAUAAAGGGUAUCGUUUGCUGUCCCGAAGAGCCUAAAUACAACACAACCUAUAUCCCACCUGUAUUGGUGUCAGAAUUGGCCUGUGAAAGAUACACGAAAAUGACAUCUAAAGAAUGUCCCCAAAAAUUUAUAACGGGCGGAGAAAGAGCUAAAUUGAAGGAAUUUCCUCCAGCUGCUUUGCUAGGCAACUUCAACCCUACAACUAACGAUACUACAUGGUUCUGUGGCGGUACGCUGAUAAGUGAACGCUUCGUUUUGACUGCGAGUCACUGUGGGAAUGGUGAUUCCAUAAAUGUCGUGCGACUUGGCGAUGUGGACUUCAGCACUACGAAAGAUGAUGUGGGAGUACAGCAGUUCUCAGUAAGCAGAGCGAUACCGCACAUGAGAUACAACCGUACAAAGUACUACGACAUAAUGUUGUUGGAAUUGAAUGGCACAGUCACUUUCACCGACUAUGUUCAACCCGCUUGUAUACUCACACCAAAUUUUAUGGCAUACAACCAAGACCAAUAUUGGGCCGUUGGCUGGGGUUACACUGGCGAAUUGGCGGAAAUGUCUCCACAGUUGCGUCGCGUCCUAUUAGAAAAAAUGGACAAUGAUAAUUGUACCCAGAUUUCAAAUAUAAUCCAUGAUUUGCAACGCGGUCUUCGUGAUCGUAUACAAUUUUGUUUGCACGGAAACUCCACGGAUACGUGCAAAGGUGACUCCGGUGGACCUAUACUUAUAAAAUUUCCCCAUAAUCUGGAAUACAGAUGUUUGUAUAUGGUCGCCGGUGUAGUAUCGUUUGGCCAAGAGGUAUGUGGUGAACAGGAUAUACCAAGCAUAAAUACAAAUGUUACAGCUUUUGUGGAUUUCAUCGAAUCUCAUGUGUGGCCAAAUGAAACAAAAGAAGAAAGGAUGGGCUAAGUUCGGGUGUAACCGAACAUUACGUACUCUCCUCAAGGUGCUUAACUUAUAUAUUGCAAAGUGAACGAAUCAGUUUGACUUCAAACUUGAGGUCUAAAGGAAGUAGACGUGGUAAUGAAUCUAUUUCGAAACCGGCUUAAGUUAUCAGUAGAUUUGAAUUGAAUUGUAUCAUCGAAUUUCAUGUAUGGCCAAAUAAAAAUUUAUAAAAAAACCAAUGUAAAAUAUGUAGAACAAGAUCAAUAAAAUUACACCAAUGUUGUUUAUCUAUAU